CUAGAAAACUACAUCUCCCAGAAGCCUCCUGUCCGGGUUGCUUGGGCGGGGCUGUAUUUCCGUUAAAGUAGGCUUCUGAUAGGCUGCCUUGGUGUGCAAGCCUCAAGCGGCUGGGCCUGCUUCCGGUAGUCUUGGCGUACGCUGCUGCUCAGGUAGUGUGGUAUCGGUGGUGGGGUUUGCUGAGCGUUUUCUAGACCCCAGGAGGCAUGGCGGCGGCUUUUCGCAAGGCAGCCAAGUCCCGGCAGCGGGAACAUCGAGAACGAAGCCAGCCUGGCUUUCGAAAACGGCUGGGGUUGCUGGAGAAGAAGAAAGAUUACAAACUUCGAGCAAAUGACUAUCAUAAAAAGCAAGACUUCCUCAGAGCUCUCCGGAAGAAGGCUCUUGAGAAAAAUCCAGAUGAAUUCUACUAUAAAAUGACUCGGGCUAAGCUCCAGGAUGGAGUUCAUCUCAUCAAGGAGAACAAGGAGGAAGUGACACCAGAGCAGCUGAAACUGAUGAGAACUCAGGACAUCAAAUACGUAGAGAUGAAGAGGGUCGCAGAAGCGAAGAAAAUUGAAAGACUGAAAUCAGAGCUCCACCUGCUGGAUUUCCAGGGAAAGCAGCAGAAUAAGCACGUGUUCUUUUUUGACACCAAAAAGGAAGUUGAACAGUUUGAUAUUGCGACCCACUUGCAAACAGCCCCAGAACUAGUAGGCAGGGUCUUUAAUAGACCCAGAAUAGAGACCUUGCAGAAGGAGAAAGUGAAAGGCGUUACCCCUGAGACUCGACUCAAGAGGAUAGCUAAAGAAAGACAAAGGCAGUAUGAUUGCUUGACACAGCGGAUUGAACGGGAGAAGAAACUGUUCGUUGUUGCACAGAAAAUUCAAACCCGCAAAGAUCUUAUGGAUAAAACUCAGAAGGUGAGGGUGAAGAAAGAAACAGCGAACACCCCAGCCAUUUACAGAUUCCAGACGCGCCGAAAACGCUGAUGUGUUAAGAACAAGCCUCUUCGUUCUGCGUCGACAAGAACCUUUUUUCCUUUUGUAAUAACUUUAGAUUUCGUUAGUUCAGAUGCUUUGAUUUGCUUGUUUUGUCAUCAUGACUUAUUGUCAACAUGAUGCUUGAUGUCCUUCUAUGAGACUAUUAAAGCCCUUUCCCAAGA